GGCUUGGGGAGGCCCGACGUGAGCCUCUCCGCGCUCUCCGGGGACCUGCCGCGGUUUCCGUGCUGUCCCCCUGCUUCCGCCCCCGCAGGGAAGGGGGAGAUCGCUGGCACGGCACGGCACGGCACGGCGCGGCGCGGCGCGUCCUAGGGCUGAGCCCAUCCGGGACCAGCCCGGCUCCUGCCUCUCGGUCCCGUCCGUGGGGCCGCUUUGCUUCUGGCUGCUCCGGACCUGCAGCUGCUUUUGCACCCGCGCCGGGCGCCGCCGAGCUCUUCCCCAGGCGCGUCGGUACGUGCCGGCAGAGAGGCGGCUGGGGAGCCCGUCGGCGAUGAUGCCCGCGACGCUCGGCUCCCUCCGGCUUGCGGCGCGGCGCGGCGGCUUUGCUCCUCCCCGCCUCUCCCGCCGCUGACUCUGCCCACCGAGCCGCCGCGCAGAGCCGAGCAGGAAUGGAGGGGGGAUCGUCCGGGAGCAAGCGGCGGCUGCGGCUGCUGCUCGCCGCGCUGCUCAGCCUCUGGCCAGAGCUGCUGUUCGGCCGAGCCCGGGCGCAGCCCCGCCAGGUGAACGGCGUCCUGGGGGGGUCGGUCGUGCUCUCCGCGGCGCUGCCCCCCAACGCCACCGUAAGGGAAAUCGAGUGGAGCUUCUCGGCCGGCGCCGGCGCGACCAUCCAGAUAGCGGAGCUGAGCCGGGGCCGCUUCGAGCGCCCCGACCCCGGCGACCGCUUCCGGCAGCGGCUGGAGAUGUUCAACGCGACGUCGCUGCGGAUCAGCGCCCUGGAGCCGGGCGACGGCGGGCUCUACGGGGCCCGGGUGAAGCUGCUCCCGGCCGUGGUGCACGAUCAGUCCUUCAACCUCUCCGUCUUCGAGGCGGUGCCGAGCCCCCGGACGCGCAGCCAGCUCCUGGCCAGCACGGCGGAGUGGUGCAACCUCACGCUGCAGUGCCAGGGCUCGGGCAAGGGCGCCGUGAACGUCACCUGGAGGAAGGGCGACGCCGGCCGCCGGCCGCGCUCCGACCACCAGCAGCUCUCGGCCGACGGCACCACGCUGCGCCUGGCGCUGCAGCCCGGCGCCGCCAACGCCAGCUACGCCUGCACCGUCAGCAACCCGGCCGACCAGAAGGUCGUCGUCUUCGACCUGCAAACCAUCUGCCGAGGCGGAGGGGCACCGGCGUCCUUCUCGACGUCGGGGUACGUCGUCCUGACCCUCAUCCUGCUGGCCGUGAGCCUGGGGGGAGCCUUCUGGUGCUGGCGCCUGAACAGCGAGAAAGCGGCAGAGCCAGCCGCCGCCGCCGCCGCCGCGCCGGCGGAGGAGAGCCCCUCCGACCCGCAGUACGCCGAGAUCGUGCGGCGCAGCCCCCCGGAAGGUAAUGACCAGGGCCUCGGUCACCCUGAAAACAACCCGGAGCAGAGCCCGCACAAGGCACCGGUCACCACCAUCUACGACCAGGUCCGCCGGACGCCGGAGAACGCGGCCGAGGAGGUGACAUAGGCCCUCAGGCGCCAGCAGAGCUGGAGCAUCGGGACUUGACAGAAGGGCUCUGAAGCGUGUUGUGUGCCAAAUCCCAACCCUCCAGCCCCCGAUUUGGCUCCCGGGAGGGGAGCCGCCGUCUCCGAGUUUUUGCCAGGCUGAUGCUUUCCCGCCCACCUCCGGUCUCUCGAACCUUCUGUCCGAAGCCCUCGGAGGGCGUUUUGGGAGACGGAGCCCGGCCGGAGGCAGAGCGGCGCUCCGGCCCCGCGGAGCCGCUCCGGCCCCGGGCCGUCCGCGCCCGGCGCUGCAGCGGGGCGGCUCCCGGGCGGGCAGGGGGCCGGGGCGGCCGCGGAAAAGCCGCGGGCUUCCCUAAAGGAAAAGCGGGGCGGACGCCAAGCCGCGGGAAGGGCGAGCAGGGAAGGGCGGCGGCGGGCGGCGGGCGCGUGCCCGCGGGCUGCACUUCGCAAAGCGCCGCGGCGAGGAGGGACGUAGCCGCCAGAAAAGCGGCUCCGGCUUUAGACGCCCCGUAAUGCCGCUGCCGCCGCCGCCAGGCGUUGGUCGAGCUGGAUCAGCCGGGAAGGUCUCGGCCGCCCGGAGCGGAGGCUCCAUCCCGGUGCCGGCGAUGCAGAGCUGGGGCGAGCCCGCGUGGGGCAAACGGGCGUUUCGGCCCCCGACCCCCUUCGUCACCGCCGCUGCGGCAAGACAGCACGGAAACGCAAGGCGAGGAGCCGGGCCGCUCGCGGCACGCGUUUCCCCCGCGGGAUCCGGCGCCUCCGGAGCUCCCGGCGGCUCCGGGGCCGCGGGGCGGCUCGGAGAGGGUCCGCCGCCCGCGGGAGAAGCGCGCGCCCCUUCUCCCCUCCCCGCGGCCGUCUCGCCCGCGCCGCUCGCGCGCCGCCGCCGCGGAAGGAGCGUGGCGCCCGGCGCGGGGGAUCGCCGCCGCACCUCCCGACCCUGUAACGCAGCAAAUAAAUGUUGGUGAGAUGACGGCGCAGAGGUGCCGGCGGCGCGGGCGCGUGCCUCCGGACCCGGCGCGGGGAAACCGCUGGCAGCGAAAAGAGGGGCGCGAAGGGGGCUGCCCCCCUCCCCCCGGCACCGCGCCCCGAGAAAU